CUUGAAUUGGAAGGACAUUUCUUCUGGUAGGCUAUGCACUGCGACCUAAGGCAGCUAUUCGUGCUAUGCAAUAAUCAAUAUAAGUCUGUGUUUCAAAGUAAUAACUCAAGUUUUGAAAGAGUAGAUUGAAUAGGAAUUCGAAAUAUUGCAGUCGAGUCGUGGUUGAGAGUUUCACUUUCACUUGAACUUCGAAUUGGGCGUGGAACAAAUAGCUGCAUAAUGUCUCAAUCGUACGUUAGUUCAGAAUCGGGGAACCAACACACGCGGGUCACCAGCCGUGCAAAACCGGGCUUCCUGGAGCGACUGAGUGAGACAGCAGGGGGAAUGGUGGUUGGACUUGGACUUUUUGCGCUUUCAUUCUACGUACUGUUCACGAAUGAGGGCAGAGCACUGCGUACUGCAGCAUCCCUGGAUGAAGGUCUCUCUCAAGUGGUCCCCCUUCACCCUUACUCAGGCUUAGAACUUCAGAACAACGGUCGCUUGGUCCACCUGUCAGCGAAAUUACGCACUGCACAGCCUCUCCAUGACCCAAACUACAGGGUGGCCUUGCAGGCAGUGAAGUUGAAACGGCAAGUAGAGAUGUACCAGUGGGUGGAGUUCCAGGAGAGCAGGGAUUAUGAGGAGGAUGGGGAGAAGAAGAGUGAGACCACCUACACCUACAACACCGAGUGGAAAUCUGAAGUUAUUAACAGUCGGAACUUUGAUAAAGAAAUUGGGCAUAUGAAUCCCAGUGCCAUGGCAGUGGAGAGUGUUACUGUGGUAGCCCCUGAGGUAUGGGUGGGACCAUUCUUGCUCUCCAAAGGUUUGGUGGACCAGAUAAAUAACUUUCAGACAUUGAGUUUAACUGGACUGCCACCGUCCCAUGUUGACCCCUUCCUCACUGUAGACGGAGACUACUUUUACCACACCUCUAACCCACGGCGCCCAGAAGUGGGGGAUGUUCGUGUGAGCUUCUCAUAUGCUGGGCUUAGUGGAGAGGGCACCUGGCCUGGACCUGCCCUAACUGUGAGCAUAGUGGCCAUGCAGAAGGAAGAGCAGCUGACACGUUUCAAAACCAAGUCAGGUGAUCCUCUGGAGAUCCUCUAUAUGGAGGAACUUACAGCAGAGGAGGUGUUUGAGCGGGAGCACCAGCACAACUCUAUGAUGACCUGGGCGCUGAGGGCUGGAGGUUGGGCUCUCAUGUUCUUGGGUGUCAGUUUGACUGUGCGCAUCGUCCACACUCUGGUGGACUGGGUUCCUAUUCUCAGGGAGCUGGUGUCUUUGGGUCUCAAGCUGUUUGCUCUGACUGUGUCCUGCUCCUUGUCCCUGCUGACCAUCGCUGCUGGCUGGCUGUACUACCGCCCCCUGGUGGCCAUCCUCUUAUGUGCACUGGCAAUGCUCCCAAUUUUCCUCGGCCGCUCGCAGGCCCCCACCAAAAAACACCAAUGACCUCUGAUCUGAGAGUCACUCUGAUGUCUCUUGGUGCUUGUUGUUCUCACUGGAUGUUCUUUGUCUUGAUUCCCAAACUGUGAGGAAUGAAGUGUGUGUUUUGUUUGUUAUAUAACAAUGCAGUUAUGUUCACAUUACCAGUUUUUUUUUUUCCUUUACCAUGAGCUCUGACUGAGUGAUAUGAAGUUUGUGUGAAGUAUGACAGCAAAUGAGACAAUUGAAAUAUUAUCUAUAUUACUGCCACAAUUUGUUGUCUUUACAAAUCAGCAGGGAUUGUGUAGUUUCUAAGACCAUAAAAGUUUCUGUGUUAUGUAACAAGUUAUUUUGAGGACUACACACACCAAGCAGAUAAAUGUUUGUAAUUCUGAAAUGCAACUGCAAUGUUCUGUUUGUAAUUCUGAAAUGCAACUGCAAUGUUGUUGCUUGUUGAUACACUCUAUUACUGCAAGUAAGUAGUUCUUAAUGUUGUACAUACAUGCAAGUUUACAGGAAGUACAAAUUAGAUAUCCACAUUUGUGAAUGUCUGAACUCCACAUCUGAAUUUAGGUACUGUUAUCUAUGGCGUUGCCUUGUGUCUAGCAGUCCCAUAGCCAGUCAAACAACAGUGAAGGAAUUGAAGAACAAUUCGUUGUGUAGCUUACAAAUUCUUUUGAAUUAUUUGUAAAAUAUAUUGUAUCCAGAGACAGAAGUUGCCAAAGAAUGGAUAUAGAGGCAGAAACACAUCCAUGCAGUAAGGAGGAUCAGAGCCAGUGACGUGUCACCAUGACUUUGUGAAGCAAUAUGACAUUUGUGGUACACUGAUCUCUUGCCAAAAAACAGUUUCAUGCUCAUUUCCUGCACUAUGCUGCCUGCAUACGUUUUGUGUAAAAUGUACAUUUGUUGGAUUUCGAUGUGGUAUAAAUUGUUAAAUAAAACAAGUUUUUCUA